AUGGGCAAGCAGUUUGUCGGAACCUGUGGUGAUUAUAUUUCAAAAUGGGAUAACGAAAGUAUAUAAAAUCUACAGACGGCUACGGAAAGCUGAUCGGCUGCAAAAAUUGUCAUACUUAUAUCACCUCGUUUCAACAUCAGACCAGUCCUCAUUUCAAUGGUGAGAGUGUGGAUAGUUAGCUCGAAACCUUUCAAGUUUAGGGAGCACCGGACCUGCUACGCUGUUCGAACGGGUGUGGAAUGUAGAACACGGCAGCUCGGAGCAGCGCAAAAUGACCACCGGAUGGCACAUUGUCCGUGAUGUAAUGUGCAUAAUUUGCAAGGUAGAGACCUCAGAAUAAAAUAAAAUAACGAAACGGCUAACAGAGCAAGCUCGGAUGGAUGUACGAGAUGGCGAUGGAGCCGGAUCAGGUGUACAAAGAAGGGCAAGUAAUUCUUGAGAAUGCGCUAGUUUGCACAAUAUCGCAAUGCCUCACCGACCCAUUGGGAGAUAACAUGUAUGGGCUCAUCUACCGAUAAUUUCAUUUGCUUCAAUUUCCAGCAAAAGACAGAAAAGCGUCAAUCCUAUUCCAAAUAUAGAACAAUCGCGCACCCGUUCGCCUUCGGAGAGCUCUCAAUCUAGUCGUUCCAACUCGGAAAGCAGUUCUUCCAAUUCGGGCAGCAACGUUUGACGCGUCGGCCGCCAAUGAAGAAAUCUUCCUGUAAAUACCCUGUGCACAGUGUUUAAAACUACUUUUCCGUGCCGCGUAGAUCAUUCAUGCUAUCUCGCUUUCUGCCUAGAUCAUAGCUCUCCACAUGUAAAAAAUCACUGCACAUAAGUUCAUUUGACUUGUCUGUUCAUUCGCCGAUUACCUCAUUCUCGCCUUCUUUUCCGUGUUUAUAGUCACUCCGACCAGUCACAGUUCAUUUUUUUGUCCCCGCUUUCCUCAUUUCCUCCGACUUUUCUUUCAUCAAACCUUUCGUUUCGAUUGAACUCCGCAUGUACAUAACGUUUUCCUUUUUCAAUUGGUCAGUUGUAAAAUGCAAACACUCUUUGGGAAAUUGUUCUGCCGAUUGACUUUUCCUGGGUUUCAACCAAAUUCCUUAUCUCCAACUUUUAACUGAUUUUCUGUUUUUGUUCUUAUCAAUCACCGUUUCAGAUGGGUUUAAAAUUCUUCGAGAACGUUGGAGGGAACAAGAUAUUCAUUUGCGCCGAAUGCUCUGUGUACUUGGCCGACAAAUCGUCAUGUCAAUCGACGGAAUUCACAGGUAAGAAAUAUGACGGUGACGGAAAUAACUUGAACGGAAUAAUUUUCAGGGAUAACUGGUCAAGCUUACCUCUUCAAGAACGUCGUGAACGUUUCUUACGGACCGAUGGAUCUACGAGAAAUGAGAACAGGAAAUCACUACGUGCGCGAUGUCUCCUGCCAGUCAUGCGACACAAAACUCGGAUGGAUGUACGAAUUGGCUCCAAAGAAUGAAGAGCGGUACAAAGAAGGUUGGUGAUCUGCUCCAGAAUGGCGUCAAAACCGCUCCAAAGCUUUCAGGAUCCGUCAUUCUCGAGCGUGUCUACAUAAUCGAGACGGAUGGCAUUUCGAAAGAACCGAGUAUAAUGCUUGCACGUGCUCGACGGCCGUACGACGUUAACAACGUCCGUCUCAGAAUUGCCCAUCGACAAGAAGUGGACAGAUUGCACAACGUCGAAAACGCAUUCCGUUUUGACCGCGUACGUGGGCCGCCGGUCAUAGCGAUAUUCGAUGAAGAACAAGUUAAAAACGAUUUUCUAAUGAACGAGAAUCAAGUGAUAAGGAUGCGAGAAGAUGUGCGACUGCUGAAUGAAGCUAUCGCAGCGAGUGCCCGCGGCGACAAUGCAGUUUUGUGGGCUCUCGGAUUCCGUGCAGACAUUGCCCGUCAGUUCAGAGAGUUGAGCGAUGUAAGGACAGUAAAGAGUUCAUACAAACAUGCAUUUCUUCAGAUGCUGGACGGUGAGCCGUACCGACCUUCAAAUGAAGCUGAUCACAAUCUGGUUCUCCUUUUCGAAAGAAUGAAUCGCGAACAAGAGCGCGUUCGAUUCCAUGCUCAGGCUAAUGCUGGUGUGAUGGACUUCCGUCAGUUCCUCGAGGAACGUGACGUUUUCGCGCAAGUGCAAGCCCAGUUGAAUGCGUACGCUGAUCGUCAUCAGCGACGACUUAUGCAAGAAGAACAGCUUCGAAUGGAAGAAGCAGAAAUUGGAGAAGGAGAGGACGCAGCGAUGGAUAACGUUCUGGCUCAAAUACGAGAAGCGCGGGCGAGGAUGGAUGCAAUGCCACAACAAGAGGAAGAAGAGAUAGAGGAUGAGAUCGACAUGCAGAUGAAUGACGUGGAAUUGCGCGUUUUGAACGAGUUACUCAACAGACAAGGACGAUAA